AUGACCUCCAAAGCAACACAAGAAUACAGAUCAUCUUUUAUCACACUUAUAUCACAGCUCUCUGAAAUAGAGCAGAAGGGGCAGGAAUUCUUUGAUAAAAUAGAGAAAUCUGUAUUUACGCCGUAUGAUCCCAUCGAGGCAAAAGCCGAUUACAACCACCUGAUGAGUACAUUGGAGGCAUUAGAGACACAUGCUAGAAGUUGUGGAUUACUCAGUAUAUCAGGACAGGCAGACGCACAAAACACUCGCAAUCUCGCAACACGCAACGCAGAAACAUUGCAGGCAGUGGAUACCUUCUUUCAGGAAAAGAAUCGCUUGUUGAUGAACAUUAGAGCUGCCGUAAAUGCUUCUUCUGUCGUGGGAUCAGCGGCCAAUCCAGCUGUUGCUGCUGCUGCUGUCCCUGCUAAUACGACCAAAUAA